UUUCAACAAAGGAUUUUUCUCAGUGUUCCUCUUUCAUCCUUAGUAUUAUCCUUCCCUGUGUCUUAGAAUGAAUCUUUCUCCAAGCUCUUGCUCCUUCUCUCAUGGUUGACAGCAGUUGCUUUUCACUUGGUGCUGUCUACCCUGCUGGGGAGAAGGAGUGGGAUUCUCUGGUGUUCCAGUUCAGCUUCAAUCUUAGGCAGGCUUUGUGUCCCUACGUUGGAUAGAGGUUGGAGUGGCUUUCUUGGUGAUGCCGCCUGCCUCCUUGCAGCAUUAGGAAAUCUCUAAUGAUCUUGGUAGAGGUCAGUUUCCUGUCCCGCCCCACCCUGAGCAGCACACAGUUUUAUUUCUCCAUUUCCCCAACUAUAGUUUGGCUCUAGAAAGGCCAGGGCUUACAGUUCUUUUUUAGUGGCAUAAGGCCUUAGCUCUUAGUGGAAGAGGAUGCAGGAGAGGUUUUGUGUCUUUCCCAUCAAGGAGCUUCUCUCUCCUCCAGACCUGGCCCGCUGAGGAGGCUUUGUCUAGUCUUCUGCACUGACCCUAGUCUUUCUCAUGAGUGUUUGGUGGAGACCCAAGGAGAAGAACAAUCAGGACCCUGGGUUAAGCAAUCUCUACGCUGAAGUGGGAAACCAUCAAAAGCAAUCAGAGGAUCCUAAUCAUUAGAAAUAUGGCAAAUCGUAAGUCACUGUUGGUAUUGUUGUUUCUGUUGGCCUCCUGGAUCACUUUUACAGUUUUUAAAAACUCUACAAAGAUAUGGACUGCACUGAGGUUGCCCAUCACCCUCCAUCACUGGAACUUGGUCAUGAAAUCCCCAUGUCCUGAAGUACCGCUGCAUCCAGUAGUUUCAUCAGCUGAGACCGAGCUAAGAAUAAAGAGAAUCACAGGGAAACUAGACCAGCUGAUCCCACCCAGACCUUUCACCCACAUGAAUACCACCACCAGUGCAGCACAUAGCACAGCUACCAUCCUCCACCCUCGAGAUGCCUACUGCAGGGGGGAUCGGCUAGAUGUUGUACUGGAGGGGAGGGACCACUUGGGACGUAGGAAGGAAUAUGGUGGGGACUUCCUGAGAGCCAGGAUGUCCUCUCCAGCCCUGAAGGCAGGUGCAUCAGGAAAUGUGACCGACUACAACAAUGGCACUUACCUGGUCAGCUUCACUCUCUUCUGGGAGGGCUGGGUCUCUCUGUCUCUCCUGCUUAUCCACCCCAGUGAAGGGGCGUCAGCUCUCUGGAGGGCCAGGAACCAAGGCUAUGACAGGGUGAUCUUCACAGGCCAGUUUGCCAGUGGUACCUCCCAUGUCGAUACUGAUUGUGCCCUGGUUUUAAACUCCAGCACUGAGCUGUGUGAGUACUUGGAUGCUCAAGACCAAGAAGCCUUCUACUGUGUAAGACCACCGCACAUGCCCUGUGCUGCUCUCACUCACAUGCAUUCCAAAAACAAGGAUGUUUCUUAUCUCAGCAAACAAGAAUGGAGCCUCUUUGAAAGGUCAAAUGUGGGUGUAGAGAUUAUGGAAAAAAAUGUCAUCAGUGUCUCCAAAUGCAACAGAAAAACUGUUCCAGUGAAAAAGAAAUGCAAGUUUGGAAUGACAUCCACAAUCCCUGGUGGACAUGUCUGGAAAGAGACAUGGAAUCCUGUCUCCUGUAGUUUGGCUCCGAUCAAAAUGAAAGAAUGCCUAACAGGAAAAUUCGUGUAUCUAAUGGGAGAUUCCACAGUCCGCCAGUGGAUGGAAUAUUUCAAAAACAGUAUCAACACACUGAAGUCAGUGGAUCUGCAUGAAUCGGGAAAAUUUCAACACCAGCUUGCUGUGGAUUUGGACAAGAAUAUCAACAUCCAGUGGCAAAAACAUGGUUACCCUCUGAUUGGAUCAUUGACCUAUUCAGUGAAAGAAAUUGAAUACAUUGCCCGAGUCAUUGACAGAACUGGAGGAGAAAAAAACACUGUCAUUGUUAUUUCUCUGGGCCAGCAUUUCAGGCCCUUCCCCAUUGAUGUUUUUAUCCGAAGGGCCCUCAAUGUCCACAAAGCUGUUCAGCGUCUUCUUCUGAGAAGCCCAGACACUAUGGUUAUUAUCAAGGCAGAAAACAUCAGGGAGAUGCAUGGUGAUGUGGAAAGAUUUAGUGACUUUCAUGGUUAUGUCCAGUAUCUUGCCCUUAAGGAAAUUUUUCAAGAUCUUAAUGUGGGCCUCAUUGAUGCCUGGGAUAUAACAAUUGCAUAUGGCACAAAGAGUGUGCAUCCACCUCAAUCUGUAGUCAGAAAUGAAGUUAAUAUAUUAUUAAACUAUAUUUGCUAGAUAACACCUCUGAAAUUCAUUCACUUGAUUAAAAAUAUUUAUAAAGUGUUUGCAGUCAUGCCAGAUCUUGUGUUUGGCUCUGAACUCCCAAUUAGCAUGAGAUCUGCACCAUUGCUAAUCAAUAAACAACCAAUUUAACAAAUAAAUAACUUCUAAUUGGGCUUCUACUUAAGAAUAAAAAUUGAAAAUACCCAUGAAAAAGGACCAUACUUCUUGAUCAGAGUCAUGCCACUCUUCACAAAUGGGAAGUCAGGACACCUAAUGGUUAAAAGUUGUCUCUGAUUCAUGGAAAUCCAGUGCAAUAAAGUCAUGUAAAAAUA